UCAAUUUCUUCUUUGAGUUGUUUUGUGGUGUGUUACAUUUUGCACCAUGUCUUCUCUCUUCUCCAUUACCAAGAUGUUCUCAUUCUCCACUCUCAUGCUUCUUCUCCAACUGUUCACUAUAAACCUUCCCCAUGCAGAUGCUCAAAUUGGCGUAUGUUAUGGCACAAUGGGUGACAAUUUACCUCCGGCAAGUGAAGUUGUAAGCCUUUACGUAUCAAACAGUAUAACAAGAAUGAGAAUCUAUUAUACUAAUCAAGAUGCUUUGAAUGCACUUCGAAAUUCAAACAUUGAGCUCAUUCUUGGCGUAGCCAACCCCGAUCUUCAAGCGCUUGCAACCAGUUCCAACAAUGCUAUUCAGUGGGUGCAAAACAAUGUCUUGAACUACUUCCCUUAUGUCAAAAUCAAAUACGUGGCAGUCGGCAACGAAGUGAAUCCCGUUGGAGCAAACUCUCAGUAUGCGCAGUAUGUUCUGCCUGCAAUUCAAAACAUAUACCAAGCUAUUAGGGCUCAAGGUCUUCAAGAUCAAAUUAAGGUUACAACAGCCAUUGACAUGAGCAUGUUAGGAAACUCUUACCCUCCAUCACAAGGCUCCUUCAGAGCUGAUGUGAGGUCAUACAUAGACCCCAUAAUCGGCUACUUGGUAUAUGCAAAUGCACCUUUACUAGCAAAUAUCUACCCUUAUUUCAGCUACGCUGAUAACCCUACUGACAUAUCACUUUCUUAUGCUCUUUUCACCUCACAAACUGUUGUGGUAUGGGAUGGUCAAUACGGAUACAAAAAUUUGUUUGAUGCUAUGUUGGAUGCAUUGCAUGCUGCAAUUGAUAACACUGGAAUUGGUUAUGUUGAGGUUGUUGUGUCGGAGAGUGGAUGGCCGUCAGAUGGAGGGUUUGCCGCCACUUACAACAACGCAAACACCUACUUAGGUAAUUUGAUUCUUCGUUCUAAAACAGGUACUCCUAGAAGGCCUUCGAAACCUACAGAAAUCUAUAUUUUUGCUAUGUUCGAUGAGAAUCAAAAGAGUCCUGAAAUAGAGAAACAUUUUGGACUCUUCUUCCCUAACAAGCAAAAGAAAUAUACAUUUGGAUUCACUGCAUAAAGGAAUGGAAGAUGGUAAUACUACGAUAGUGCCCUUCAAGUUACUUGUAAUAAUAAGAUCAAAAGUUUACUAUUGUUUGUGUCAUCAUGAUGUUUGUGUGAAAUAAUAAUUAUCCUUCGUCUUUGGAUACAAAGAUGUUGGAAUGUUUAUAAA